UCUUUAGUACGUCACACACCUGCCGAGCUAAGCCACGCCCCUCGGCUGCAAUAAAACUUCUCCCCGUGACAGGAAGACCUGUCAAUUCCUCCCAAAUCCACGGCGAGCACGACUUGUCGGUUGCUCGCGUACCAUAGAAGCGUUUGUGUGAGCAACGCCAAAAGAAGAAAAAGUAGAACAACAACAACAACAACAACGGCAGCAAGAGAAAGCGUCGCGCCACGCCAAGAAUUUAGCGACGCGGGCGCCUCAUCAGCCCCCGAUGCUGGUGCAAUCCGGCGGGUGUUAAGAUCCAUGGAAGUGGCCGGUUUCUACGACGAGGGCGGCUUUGCUAUCCACGCGAGAGACGGCAUUCUCAACCCCGGCGGGGGCGGCGGCUCGUACUGGAGGCUCGGCGACUCGAUGACGGAGUUGGGUAUCGAGGAGCGAGAGAGAGCGAUCGACUUCAGCCUGUACUUGGACCCGUCCGCCGCCGCGCACUGCCCGCAGCUGGCGGCGGCGCCGCACUCGCACCCUCCGCAGGGCGACGUGUUCUCCGACUUCCUGGCCGAGAGCAAGCUGAGGAGAGCGGCCGCUUUCAAGAACCACACGCUGCUGGGCGAGCUGGAGGCGGCCCAGCGAGACCCCCGCGGAGCGCCCUACGGGCUGGCCUACGCCGACCUCCAGGAGACGCGCGUGGACAGCGUGCUCGCCUCCGACCUGGCCCGCUACCGAGCCGCGGCCAGAGACGACGGCAAGGAGGACGCCGCCGCCAAAAUGGAGAACGGCUCGUCCGUCUUUGACAUGCGCCCCUACCUGCCCUACCAGUCGACCGGGGGCAGCAUGGGCAACAUCUCCACGGCGUCCUCCACUUGCUCCAGCCCGCCCGGAACGCCCGCGCCGGCGGGUCAGGGCGGGUCGCCGAGGUCCCCGUCUCGCGGCGCCAAGCUCUCCGGCGGCAAGGCCAAGAAGCGCCUGGACAAGGACAGCGACGAGUACCGGCAGCGGCGCGAGAGGAACAACCUGGCCGUGCGCAAGAGCCGCGACAAAGCCAAAAUGCGAAACUUGGAGACGCAGCACAAAGUUUUGGAACUGGCGGCGGAGAACGACCGUUUACAGAAGAGAGUGGAGCAGCUCUCCCGGGAGCUGGCCACCUUGCGCAACCUGCUCUCGGCUACCGGACAGUGUUAGACGCACACCCCCGGACACCCCCGGCCCGAGCUGCGACCCACAAACAUUCGGAAGAUGCGAUUUGGGGCGUGGGGGGUCGCCCGGGGGUGGCCGUACGGACCACUUUUCAAGGACACUUUGCAUUGGGACUGAAGAAGUGGCUUGCGCCGAUUGCGCAAUCACUCGGCAUUCUUCGUUUUUUUUUCUUCUAACCUUUUUUUUUCUUUGAUGUUUUUUGGACACCUCGUCGAACUGCGUGUAUGCGGUAUUUGUGUGCAGGUUCGAGCCGACGCGUGAGUCCAUUUGGACGCGAAAUUGGAGCAGCCGCCUCGGUUGUCAGACGAAGAGUUUGCGCUGCAGUGAAAUGAUGCAACUCUUCGUAAUAGCACGAGCGACGGAUGAAAUCGGUGGAAUUAUGUAAUAUCGACGGAGGUGAAAUGCAUUCGUUGUACUUGAUACUUGACGGAAUUAAAAUCAUUUCUACUUUGGUCUAAACAA